AAGGAGACAUUCUCUCCUCAAGUACUGUAACAAGGAGACAUUCUCACCUCCAGUAUUGUAACAAGGAGACAUUCUCACUUCCAGCACUGUAACAAGGAGACAUUCUCACCUCCAGUAUUGUAACAAGGAGACAUUCUCACUUCCAGCACUGUAACAAGGAGACAUUCUCACCUCAAGUACUGUAACAACGAAACACUCUCACCUCCAGUGCUAUAACAAGGAGACAUUUUCACCUUCAGUACCGUAGCAAGGAGACAUUCAGCACUGUAAUAAGAACGUUAUCAACUCCAGUACUGUAACAAGGAUACUCCAAUAUAUAUAUAAACCAUAUAUAUAAUAUGUCACCAGCAUGUCAAUCUCUGGUGAACCAGAAAACUCCAGUUUCUCUUACUAUCUGGAGGAUGUCCUGACUUUCUAUUUUAACUAAGAUACCCCUCGUCUUGAAAGUGAUUUUUAACCAACUGCUCUCCAGUAAUAAUAUUACUUCGCACCUCAGGGUAUCUCAAACCUAAAAAUGACAGACUCGGCUAUUGAUCGCGGACAUUCGUCAGAGGUAGGAAAUUCUACUUUCCACCCCCAGGGAGAGGGCGAACCUCAUAAUGAUACUUUAUUUUUGGAGGAGUAUUCCUGGGAUGCAGUGGCUACUACCGUGGCCAAGUCCCUUGUUAUGUGCGCUAUUAUAUUGUGUGCUGUCUUUGGAAACAUGCUGGUUAUCGUUAGCGUUUACCGACACCGUAGGCUCCAUCUGGCGACGAACUAUUUCAUCGUAUCGUUAGCCUUUGCCGAUACCUUGGUCGCUUUAGUUGCUAUGUCAUUCAAUGCUAGUCUAACUAUUGCUGGGAGAUGGAUCUUCGACCAGACCACGUGCAAAUUGUGGAACUCGUGCGAUGUCCUUUUCUCCACAGCCUCCAUAAUGCACCUUUGCUGUAUCAGUGUAGACAGAUAUUACGCAAUAAUAAGACCGCUAGAGUACCCGCUGAAAAUGACCAAUGUCCGAGUUUACAUCAUGCUCACCUGUGUGUGGGUGUCCGCGGGUCUGAUUUCUUUCAUCCCGAUAUUCCUAGGAUGGUACACCACCGCAGAAAACCUCGAGUAUCAACAGCUGAACCCCCACACCUGCGAAUUUAUCGUCAAUAAACCUUACGCCAUCGUCUCGUCCAGCGUCUCCUUCUGGAUCCCCUGCUUCAUCAUGGUGUUCACGUACUGGAAGAUCUACAUGGAAGCCACCCGGCAGGAGAAGAUGCUGUGUAGGUCGCAGCCAGCGUAUGUACCUCCGAGUAGCGCCCGAAACAGUACGGACACGAACGCCCGGUUCAGCUCUGACCAGACGGCUUCUACCAACUUGCUGGCUCCACCCCUCCACCGGACCUCGUGUGUGGACGAAUCAGAAAACGGCCGCUCAACCCCCACGAAACGAGCAAUAAAUAAGAUGAAACGAGAGCACAAAGCGGCCAAGACCCUGGGGAUCAUCAUGGGGGCUUUUAUCCUGUGCUGGUUGCCCUUCUUUCUGUGGUACGUGUCGGUAACGCUUUGUGGGGAGAAGUGCUUCACUCCCGGGACUCUAGUGGACACUCUCUUCUGGAUUGGUUACUUCAACUCCUGUCUCAAUCCAAUCAUUUACGCUUACUUCAAUAAAGACUUUCGAGAAGCGUUCAAAGAAACGCUACAAUCAGCGUCUUGCAAGUGUCAUUGGCCAAACAAGUGUCAUUGGCCAAAGUGGAAAAUGAUCCGUAGACAGAGUAAUGUCUGCAACAUUGAAUGCACCCAUGUCUGAAAUACAGAACGCUAGAAUAAAACGUUUUCUUAAAAGCAAUAGCUUCGUAUUUAAGUGUAUUUAUAGUUAUGUGUGCAGAAAACUUAGACUUCCACGUGUGUUCCAGUAGAAGUCCAACAGUAUUCAGGAUUAGCUCAUUGCUUUAUAGACAGACGGGAUAACUGAUGUGCUGUUUCCUUCUUACCAUUUACUUUUCAUCAAUUUUUUGUUCUCAAGAUAAACUUGACAGAUUUAAGACUACUGGAAAAAAAAAUAAACUUUCCGCAACUGAGGGAGUUGCUGGUGCCCCGAAUAAUUACAUGAAACAUCUGAUUUCUUUAUGAUAAUAUGUACCUCUGUAUCGAUAAAUCAAUAUGGAGUCCCUCGUCUUCUCUGCCGAUGCUGUGAUGACGCUAGAAAUUAUAUAGUAAGAGGGAACUGGAAGUUAUGUGCCUGUGACAAUAAAAGUCGUACAGAGACGUUGACGUAGGAAUUAAAGAACAUAUAUUAGUUAAUGAUGAAAGUCUUAGUUUAUAAAAUAUUAGAGAAUAGAAGCGCGUGUUUAAGUGAGCAAUGACCAAUCGAUGAUCACAUAUCAUGUUCACUAUCCAUUUCGACCAAUCAUUGAUCACCUAACACUGGAGGGAAACAACUCAGUGGCUAUUCUUCGAUAACAUAUUAACAUAAGCAAAACGCGUUCAUUCUCUUUCAGAUUUUAUGUAUCUUAAUUUCGUAAGAGCUAGAAAUCUUUCUUAAUUGAAUCUAAGGCUGGAUUUCAAAUGAAAAGUAAAGCUUUACGCUUAUCUAUCAAGUGUCUUAAGAUUUGAUUGGUUCAAAUGAAAAGUAAAGCUUUACGCUUAUCUAUCAAUGUUUCUUGAGAUUUGAUUGUUCAAAUGAAAAGUAAAGAUUUACGCUUAUCUAUCAAUGUGUCUUGAGAUUUGAUUGGUUCAAAUGAAAAGUAAAGCUGUACACCUAUAUAUCAAUGUGUCUUGAGAUUUGAUUGGUUCAAAUGAAAAGUAAAGCUGCACACCUAUUUAUCAAUGUGUCUUGAGAUGUGAUUGGUUCAAAUGAAAAGCAAAGCUGUACACCUAUAUAUCAAUGUGUCUUGAGAUUUGAUUGGUUCACAUGAAAAGUAAAGCUGUACACCUAUUUAUCAAUGUGUCUUGAGAUGUGAUUGGUUCAAAUGAAAUGUAAA